AUGAAGUUCUUCCUUCUUACCUGCCUUUUGGCUACUGCUCUUGCAAAGCAUAUGGAACAUCACUCCUCCAGUGAGGAAUCUACCAGCAUCUCCCAAGAAGAAAUCACAAGAAACAUAAAUGAAUUGGGAAUAUCUGAGUCUGCUGAAGUUCUCACAGAGAAAGCUAAGCCCACUGUGGAAAAGAAGAUCUACCUACAGCAACUGGACAAAAUCAACCAAUUUUAUCAGAAUUUGAACUUCCUCCAAUAUCUCCAAGCUCUUCAUCAACCUCAGAUUGUUAUGAACCCAUGGGAUCAAAUUGAGAGAAUGGCCUAUUCCUUUAUUCCCACUGUGAACAGAGAACAGCUCCCCACCAGUGAGGAAACCUCAGGGAAGACUGUUGAUAUGGAGUCAACUGAAGUACUCACCAAAAAAAUUGAGCUGACUGAAGAAGAAAAGAAGUACCUAACACUUUGGAACAAAAUCAACCAAUAUUAUCAGAAGUUCACCCUGCCCCAAUAUCUCAAGACUGUUCAGCAAUAUCAGGCAGCAUUGAAACCAUGGAAUCACAAUAAGAUAAAUGCUUACCAAAUUACCCCUACUCUGCUGAUGAUGCUUUCAGCCAGAAGCAAUGGCAUUGAGCGGAAACUGUCACAAACUUAA